GCCGUAAUACCUAGAAAGUUCGUUAUAUAUAUUGUAUCGCUUAUGGCCAUUUUGUCCUUUAUGCAAGUUAUGGCCAUUAUGGUUAUUGUGCCCACUAUGUCUCUUACGUUUAUUCUGGUCAUUACAUCCAUGGUCGGCGUUAUGCUUAAAAUGCACAAUAUGGCUACUGUGACCAUAAUCGGUAUUUUGAUAAUAAAACACAGUAUGACAAUCAUUGUCACUCUGCCCUUUAUGGCGAUUACGCACAUUGUACCCAUUAUGCUCACUAUAGCCAUUAUACCCCGUAUACGCAUAAUGGUCAUUACGCCUAUAUUGCCCAUUACGCUGAAUUCGGACGUCAUUGCCAUAAUGAUCACUAUAGUACGUUAGGCCACCACGGGAAUUGUGGCCAUUAAGCGUGUUGCGGGCAUUAAGGUCAUUAAGCUUUUAACGUUCAUUGACCCGAUCAUGCGACUUGUGGAUAUUAUCGGCAUUAUGCUCAUUACGGCGGGUAUGGCAUUAUGCAGAUUAUGUUCAUGCGCAUUUUACGCCCAUUACGCAUAUUGUGCCGUUCAUGCCUAUUACGUGCAAAAUGUCUACUAUCAUGAUUAUGUCCUUUAUGAGCAUUAUCACCAUUCGAUCCAUUAUGCAUAUUAUAUACAUUGCGGUAAACAUACCGAUUACGGCCACCGCAGUCACUAUGGGUCUUGUAGCGAUUACGUUCUUGAUGCGCACAGUCUCAGUUGCCUCCAAUAUCCACAUUAUGGCCAGUAUGGCCAUUGUGGUUAUGGCGGCGAUUUCACACAUUUUGGAUAUUAUGCCCGUUGUUCGUAUGUUACCCCGAUUAAGCACAUUAUGGUCGUUAUGUAUGUUAUGGCCAUGAUGCCCAUUGUGCUGUUAGUGCUAAUGAUGUACAUAAUGUCCAUUAUAUCCAUUAUGACUAUUAUCGCUGUUAGGAGUACUAUGCCAUUUUUGCUCCCUAUAGCCAUGGUGAACGUUAUACCCAUUAUGCGCUUUAUGCUCGUUUUGCCCUUGAUUCCCGUUGUAGCCAUUACAGGCAUUUAGCGUAUUAUCAGUAUUAUGCCCAUUGUGUCAAUUGUGCACAUAAUACUGGUUGUGGACGUUGUAGUCAUUAUCGAUAUCAUUCCCGUUCUGCUUAUAAUGACUGGUGUGCUCGUUGUGUCCAUGAUAGUGAUUUGCCCAUGAUGCACAUUAUGGCUCUUAUGCCCAUUAUUUCCUUUAUGUCCAAUAUGCCCUUUAUGCCAAUUAUGUCCAUUAUGCUCAGUAUGCGUAUGAUGCCCGUUAUACUCAUUAUGUCUAUUAUGCGCAUUACAUCCAUUCUAACAGUUUUGGCCAUAACGUGCAUUUUUUUUGUGUUGUAACCGUCGGGCUAAUUCUUGCCUAUUGUGUCCUCGAUGCUCAUUAUGCCUAGUUUAGGUAUUUUGCUGUUGAUGCCGGUUAUGCCCAUUAUGCGUCUUUCGCGCAUGAUUGGCGUUACGAUGAAUAUUUCCAUUUAUGCUCAGUAUGGCCAUUAUGCACAUUACGCGCACGAUGACCAUGUUGCCUAUUAUGCGCUUGUUCUCUUGAACUACCAACACUUUCAACAUCAACAUCUCCAUAUCUAUAUGAUCCUUAUGAGUCUUAUGAUUGGGAAUGUUGAUCUAUCUUGUAUAUAGAUUCGUAUAUAAUUUUUCUCUUUUUAUUUUUGUGUUGUGUGAAGAUAGUGAAUAUAUGUGUCUGUUUGCCUAUAAUUCAAAAUGUAUAUAUCUAAAGAAAUAUUGAUAUUGAUCAAUGAAGUAUAGCUUAUUUGUGUUGUCUGACAAAAUUCAAUUUACAAUUUCCUUUUCAGAUCAGAUAUCAUCGUUAUAUUAUUGUAUAACGGCUAAGAUGAACUUGGGUAAAAUAAUUUGAUAUGAAUAAUUUGUUUUUUUAAGCAACAUUAUAAAAUAUCGAAAUAGGAUUGUUAAGAAUCAUUGAUUGAAAUAGAAUAACUAUAGGAAUUCGUUGUAUUUCCUAGAUUAUUAUUAUUAUUACAAGAUUCAUCAAUUAACAAGUUUAUUUUUGCUUUUCGUGAUGAAUAAUAAGGACAAAAAAAUGAAGAGCAUCAAACAUUAGUAAAGUUAAGUCGACCAAGAACAUUAAAUUUAGUAAAUAUUCUUUUGAAAAUAAAGUGAUUCUAAUUGAACAUUCGUAUUCUACAUAUAUAUAGGAAACACAAUCGAUUGUAUCGGUUGUCUUACAAAAUACAUCAAUAUCAAACAUAAUGAUCGAAUGAUUUCCCAAUAUUCAUCGUCGAUUAUCUAUAUUACCCUGGUUUCCAACAAAUAACACACAAGAUCAAAGUUAUCCAUUACUGGCGAAUAUACCACGUAUGUAGAAGAGAUAGAAGAUAAGAAAGUGUCGUAUGAAACUUUAUUUCUAUCUUUGAUUUUAUAUAGCUCAUCCAUAGGCUCCACAAAGAUUAGUUCGUCGAUGUGCUAAUACUUUUAAACCAGCAUUCAAUAUUAUCAAUUAUGAUUCGACUAUACCAUCAUUUUUACGUGAAAAAUAUCAUAUAUUCUUUGGUGAUUUACUUAAACGUUUAAAAGUGGAUAUGACUAUUUUGGAUUAUAAUUAUACACGUUUAAAUAAACAUUUGAGAAUGUUAGUUUAUGAACAAAUACGUGUAUUACAUCUUCGACUACAUCAAAUUCAACGAAUCGAUGAAAAAGAAUAUCCACUUGGAUUGAAAUUCUUUUUACAGUUUGAUGUCAACAUGUUUAAUAUGAAAACAUGUUCAUUUCGUUAUACUCGACCACGCACAUUAAAUGAAGGUCUUUUUUCAUGUCAUACACGAAAUAUUAUUUAUGCAUUAACAUGUCCAUGUGGUAAAUAUGAUUAUAUUGGUGUAACUACACAAAGUUUACAUGAUCGUCUAAGAACAAAAGAUCGUGUGAAACUUUAUCAACAUCCGGCACGAUGUCCAGUAGCUAUGCAAAUUUUUUUGGAUGCUAAUCCACAAUAUUGGCGAUUUGUACCAAUGACAUUAGAAGAAUCAACAAGACCUGAACAACAAAUGGUUACACCAUAUACUUUUUCUGAAGAACUCAGUUGGACUAUACGAUCUAAAGAAGAUACUAAAGUUUAUGUUGAUGCUGUUCCAAAACCAUCGAAAGGAUUAACUUUUUCCAAUCGACAAAUCAUGUUACAAACACGAUAUUUUCAUAAGACACGAGAUAGAACCUUGCCAAAUCAAGAUAUUGACUUAUAUGAUGCCACAAUUCUAACUGUAUUACCAGAAAGUUGUUCAGAUAUGUUUCGUCUUACUAUUGAAUCAUUAUUCAUUACUUAUGCUGAAACAAAUCUCAAUUCAAUUGGUAAUGUUUUGAAUGCGAAUCAAAAUGGUGAUCAUUAUCCUAUGAAUGAUCCUUGGUUGGUUCGUGGCAGUGAAUGGUGUCCAGGAUUAUUACGUCGACCUCAACCAAAAAUUACAUUGAAACUAUAG